AUGAUUUUCCGUGAAGCAUUGGGUCCGGUGGAUGUAGGUAUCACAGUGAAUGGUCAGAUUAUUAACAAUAUCGGUUAUGCCGAUGACACUGUACUUAUUGCAUCUACAAUGGAAGAACUUCAGGUCCUUAUAGAUAACAUUCAAUAUGUUAGUUUAGUGUAUGCCCUCAGUAUCAACACCAGGAAAACCAAAUAUAUGACGGUUUGUAAAACACCACCUGCUAACCCUUCUCUACUAUGUAAUGGACAGCCUCUACAAAAAGUUAGCAAAUACAAAUAUUUGGGAUGCUGGGUUGAUGAUACGGCAGACCACAGUCUUGAAAUAAGGUGCCGCAUAGAACAAGCCCGUAAUGCUUUCUUUAAGGUAAAGUCACUUCUGUGCAAUAAAAAGCUGAACAUCCAGAUACGAGUACGAUUAGCACGAUGUUAUGUUUUCUCCAUUCUUUUGUAUGGCGUUGAAGCAUGGAUCCUCACAGAAUCGAGCUGUCAGAAGAUUGAAGCUUCCGAAUUGUGGGUAUACAGAAGAAUGUUAAGGAUAUCCUGGAGAGACAAAAUAAAGAACAUAACCGUGCUAAGACGCAUAAAGAAAACCCCAGAAGUUGUAUAUUUAGUAAAGAAAAGAAAGCUUGAAUAUAUCGGCCACAUAAUGAGAAACCGAAAAUACGAUUUACUACAAUUCAUCAUACAGGGCAAGAUCCAAGGAAAACAAAGUGUGGGUCGAAGAAGAACAUCUUGGCUGAAAAACCUACGCCAAAGGUUUGGAAAGAGCACCCGUUCCUUAUUCAGAGCCGCGGCAUCAAAGAUUCAAGUUGACUUAAUGAUCGCCGACCUUCAAAAGAAGAUGGCACUUUAA